CUGACACUCUCCAGGCAGUUGUUUAAAAGAUGGCAAGAGUUGCCCAUAGAGAGCAACUAGAGAUUACUAUGGAUUAUGCAAAUCUGCCUGAUGUGUCAGCCAGAAGUCGCUCUAAUAAACACAGUCAAGGGGCUGCUGCUGCUGCACCAGGGAGAAAACUAGCCAGACUGGUUGCUGUUAGCUUUGGACUCCUGUGUAUCCUCCAAGCUGCCAUCAACAUCUCCCUGCGUUUUGCUUUCUACAGUAAAACAUCAUGUAUUAAGACAGUGGAGACCGAAGAGCUGAAAAACCUCACUGAUCAAUAUUUUCAACAAGGAUGGGUCUAUUUCCGCCCAAGUUUCUAUUAUAUUUCCUCUAUUGCGAAAUCCUGGAAAGACAGUAGAGACGACUGUUUACAGAGAGGUGCAGACCUGGCAAUUAUCAACACCAAAGAAGAGCAGGACUUUACGAGAAACUUUAAAAAAGUCAUGUGGAUUGGACUAACUGAGACAGCCAUCAAAGGGACAUGGAAAUGGGUGGAUGGGACUCCACUGAGCAAAAGUUACUGGGGACCUGAUGAACCCAAUGGUUUUGAAGGAAAAAAUGAAGACUGUGUCGAAAUAAAUUUUUUUGAUUUCGAAAACAGCUGGAAUGACAUACCAUGUGAAAAUCAAAACUUCUGGAUCUGUGAAAAGAAACUGGUUUCUUAAGUAAGCCAGUAACAUCGUGCAAAUACACUUCCUCAUCUGAAGGCUUAAAAUCACAUUUCAUGUGCAAAUGCCUAAAAGCUGUCUCACAAUCCUUUGACUGCAUACUGCAUAUGUGAGCAGUGAUAUUGCAUAUGUGCAUAU